CAGAAGUUUGAAGCUUUAUGUAAUGUGUCAGGAGAGAUUUGUGUUAAUGUGUUGUGCUGGGGAAGAUAACAUACAUUGGAAGUUAAAUUUCUCUGGUUUUUGUUCGGGAAUAUGAGGAAAAUGUAUCGAGACUCCAAGAAUUAUAGCAUAAGUUAAAAAGGUAUGACCAUCUGCUAGGGAAGGGAUCAGAAAUCAAUUCAGCAGUGGGUUACUUCUACACUAGACACAAGACGGCAUUCAGGAUUACUUUAAUUGAUGUACAUGAAGUGACGAAGAUGCUGGUGAUUUAUAUUUCAAGGGAUAUUUAAUAAAUCAAGAAACAGUUGGAUUAUUAUUGCAUAUAAGUUGCCUGCCCUGAGGGACAAUGAUGGCCCAUUUGACGCUGUGUGCAGUGAUCAGUAUGGUCGUCCCCUUCAUCAGCAGUCAGACCUCGGUCAGUCUACUGGACACGGCCAUGAUGGUGCAGGAAGGUCAACAAUUUGCUAUUCGUGUCAACAGGUCGGGAGACUUUGAAUCAACUUUCUAUGUCAUUGUGGCCGUAUCCUCCCCUCCUGAUACAGACCUGGAUUUCAUCGGUAGCAGUCACGUGGGUUCAUUCAGCCCCGGUGGUCCCAACAUCAUCUCCGUCAUCUUCACUGUCAACAAUGAUACGAUACCAGAGGUAGAGGAGACCUUCACCCUUCAGCUCUCGGUAGUCAACCCAGGGGUCACAGUUCAACAGCCAAGCAAGGCUGCCAUCACCAUUGCCGCUAACGAUGAUGCGUAUGGGGCCUUCAGCUUCCUUGAUCAAUCACCAAUUUUGGUCACAGAGGACAUAUCGGGUACUACAGAUGUAUAUCUGGGUGUAAUCAGGUCUCGAGGCUCGCAUGGGGAAAUCAUAGUUUCUUUCUCAAUAAACAGUUCUGACGUUAAUGCCCAGCCUGGUCAGGACAUCAUACCAAGGUCUGGCACCAUCUCGUUCAAGGACGGAGAGACCAAGAAAUACAUAAAACUCGAGAUAUUGGCAGAUGACUUUCCGGAAAAUGAUGAGGCAUUUGAGGUCAAAUUUACGAAAGCUUCCCAGGAUGCCCGAGUGUCCACUACUCCUCAGACUGUAAUCAUCAUGGCUAAUGACGCUCCAAUACGAUUCAAACAGAGUGAAAUUCGUGUUAAGGAGGAAGAAAAAGAGAUCCUGGUUCAAGUUUACCGAGGCAUUGAUAGUGAUGGGUCAAAUGUAGGGUCAUUCGGUGCGAUAGCCUCUGUAGACUACAUUGUAACCCCAGACACGGCCAGAGCUGAAGUGGACUAUCGUGGAGGAAACGGUCAGGUGGUAUUUGGGAUCGGAGAAGUAGAAGGUACAAUCAAGAUAACCAUAAUAGAUGACAGUGAUCCAGAGGUAGAGGAGAGUUUUGACAUCACCCUGAGGACAUCUGUUGGUGACGUAGUAUUGAUGCCCCCUACUAAGAUCCGGGUUAUCAUCAACGCUAACGACGAACACAACGGCAUUCUCACAUUCUUUUCGCCAGAUUCGUUAACCCCGCCUCUGGUGAAAGUUAAUGAGGAUAGCUUUUUCACCUAUGCUGUUUACAAUAUUCUGCGAACAGCCGGUACAUUUGGUACAGUGACAGUUCGCUGGGAAGUAUAUAGAAAUGACAGUGAGACUGGCGACGUUAAGGGGGACAUAACUCCAAGCGACGGAGUACUUGUGUUCCCUGAGGGCACAAUUCAACAGGUCAUUAACAUUACAGUGAACCAGGACACCAUCGCAGAACCGACUGAAAGAUUUGUGGUACACCUGAUAACGGGCAGUGUCACGGGCGGUGCUAACGUGGAGGGCAUUACUUAUGGCGUCCUUGUCAUUGAGGACAGUGACUUCUAUUACGGCACUGUGGAGUUUGGGUCGGAAUUUGAUCAGAAAAUUGUCAUUACUACUAGCCCACGCCACUUACAACUGAUGUUGACUAGAACAGGUCUUAACCGGGGUAAUCUGAUCAUCAACCUCACUGUCACCUACACUGGAGAUCCUGGGAAUGACUUAGCUGUUUUGGAGAAAACUGACUACACAGUAGAGUUUGCUGUGGGCCAGGCUAACCGUAUUGUUCAAGUGCCUCUCCUAUCAACUGCCUUCCUCCAGGUCGGGGGUGUGUUUGUCGCCAGGCUGAAGGGAAUAGAACUCCAGUCAGUCCCUAGCCUGGGAGCAUAUAACAGUCCUGUGUUUGGGUCAAGAACUGAACUGAACAUACCGGUCACUCUCAUUGAGGCCAACGGGGAAAUAGGGUUCCACAGCACGGCAACAGCGACCAUCAAUGAACCGGACACAACACCCUACCAGGUGUUACUUCAGCUGACAAGGGAGGGUACAAGUGGUCAAGCGGUCAUCAGCUGGAUGCUGACCGGGUCAGCCACAGUAACUGCCUCAGACACUGGUCCAACUUCAGGAACCAUCGUCAUGGAAAGUGGAAAGUCGGAGGUCACUUUGAUCAUACCUAUAAUGCCUGACAAUGAACCAGAGUUGGAGGAGGAAAUAACAGUGACCUUGACCUCCGUGUCUCCCUCAGAUACGCAGCGUCUCAAGGACACAGCAUCUCGGGUCAAAAUUAUAAUCCUAGAGAAUGACAAUCCUGGUGGAACCUUUCAGUUUGCAGCCUCCAUGCAGAGUUCUUAUCUUGUUGAGGAGCUUACUUUAGGUAGUAAAGAGGAGGGCAGUGCAGCUAUCGAUGUGAUAGUGGAGCGGACAGGUGGAGACUUCAUCACCCGAUUUGUCCAGUACACAGUCGAGUCCAACGGUUUGGACGAUGGUGCCGAUGAAUUCUUCGGAGCAAACAAUGUUCUUCGGUUUGAUCCUGGUGUUAGGUUUAGGAAUUCUACCCUACUGGCAAAGAUGGACAACGUCCCUGAGAAAUUAGAGAGCUUUGUUCUCCGACUACAGACCUAUGGCAAUGUGUCGGCCUCCAUUGGAGCCAAGUCGAGGAUUCUGGUCAACAUCUCGGCCAAUGAUGAGCCCUUUGGUGUAAUACAGUUCCCAAAUAACUCAAACACCUUUGUGAUAGGUGAAAGUAAGGUUUCAGAUUUACAAGCGAUGUCCAUCCAAGUGGAGCGAGCCCGCGGGAUGUUUGGAACAGUCGUGGUCAUGUGGACCGUUGAUCCUAUGGAUAAUUCUGACCUGGUACCAACAGCAGGCUCUAUAACCUUCGGUGAAGAACAAAACCAGGGCUUUAUCAGGGUUGAGUCUGUGCCCGAUGAGAUCCCAGAGCAGAGUGAACCGUUCCUGAUAAAGUUGGUCUCGGUGACGGGAGGCGCCAGGAUUGGAGCUCACAACACUGUCACUGUCACUAUCAUGGAGAACGAUAAGCCCGUCUACAUCGCAGAGCCCCUUGUGUAUACUGGUGAGCCGUCAGUGUUGACUAUCCGAAUCCGUCGGGAUGGUGAUGGGUCAGAUGCUGCCAGCAUGAAGUACCACACGUUGGACGGCAGUGCCACGGUUGCUAGCGGUGACUACAAGUCGGUGCCCCCGACUAGCCUCAUGUUUGGCGUAGGUGAGAUAGAGAAGGUAGUCAGUAUAGAGGUACUACAGGAUACACUGGCGGAAACUAACGAGACGUUCUACGUACUGUUCUACGACAUUCAAGGAGACCUUGUGUUUACCGAGUCACCCAAUGCUACCAUUAUUAUACUGGCCAAUGACAAUGCUUACGGAGUAUUUACCUUCAAUCCACCUUACGAGAAAACCUCAGAAGAAGGAAGCCAGGUGGCAUUUGAGGUCGGCCGAUUGGAGGGAAGGUUUGGUGUGGUGGACGUCAACUGGGAGAUCUACGACUAUGUAACCAAUCAGCUUCUACCAGACGGAGGUGACUUUGUCACCGCCAAUGGGACGGUCCGAUUCCAAGAGAUGGAACUAGCCAAGAUAAUCUUCAUCACUAUUCGUCUGGACGGAGAGCCGGAACAAGACAAGAAGUUCCGAGUCUCACUUCAGUCAGCUAUAGUUGUGGAAGGAAGGACUGAUGAAGUACUAACUAGGAUAUCGGAUACCAAUAACGUAGCCAUGUUGACCAUCGUGGCCAAUGACGAUCCUUAUGGCCAAUUUGGAUUCCAACUGUCAUCCAAAAACGUUACCCUAGCUGAAGACUUUUAUACUGGUCAGGAGAAUCUAUCCAAGGUCGUACUAACCAUCGAGAGGAGACAAGGAAUAUUUCGAGACGUCAUGGUAUCUUGGGAGAUAUUCUCUAACCAUAUGGCUGACAACUUUCCUAAAGUGUACGAUCUGAUUCUGCUGUCUACGAGAAGGAAUGAAGUGAUACUAACCCCGAGUAAACGACGUAACGGAACAGGGACUGACGUCAUAUAUCUCACGGGGGCCGUCAAUAACUACCUGUCGGUACCAACUGAGCAACAGCCCACCGCGGCAGAGAUAUCGAAAGGUUUUGGGAUCAGCGCCUGGUUACAGCCCUUCUCUAGCAUCAAUAGCUACAUACUGGCCAAGACCACUGCAGACGGUAGUCGCUUCUUCUAUACCCUGAGGGUAGUUACGUCUCCAGGAGGAACCAUCUUCAGACUGGGAUUCUCAUUAACAGGGAGUAGUAGCAACCAGGAAGUAUCAGUAACCACAGAGACGAGCAUACAAGACGGAGCGUGGCACCACCUGGUGGUGUCGAUUGAUUCAGGGACAAUCCUUUUCUACCUGGAUACUAAGCUCCUCGGUACCAAGUUGAUAGGGAGUAUCCAGUCCAUGAUAGACAGUACAGGUACCCUACUUAUUGGGGCUAUAGCUCCGGGGAGUGACCAUUUCAUAGGCUACCUACAGGAUGUCCGGCUGUAUGCUGGUAAACUGGACUUAAGCCACUUGAUGGAGCUAUACAACACCCCAGCAGCUGCAGACCUGACCCCUAUCUCGGGUUACUUGUCUUACCGCCAGGGAGUGAGCUCACAGGACAUUACCAUACAGACAGUCCAGGACACCAUCGACGAACAGAACGAAGUGUACAAAGUCAAGCUUCUCAGUGCCAGUAACGGAGCAUCACUUUCCCUGACCGACAGCUCUUCACAUAUCACAGUCCUCAAAAGUGACAAUGCCAAUGGCCAGUUUGGAUUCAAUCAGUCAUGUGUGCCUGCAGUGGCGGCUUACGAGAAUGCCACGGUGUUGUGUUCAGUGGACCGUAACAAGGGCAGUGAUGGGACGGUCAAUGUCACCUGGACAGUGUUCCAGCUUCUCCAAGGAGGCAACCAAACUGAAGCGGUCAACGACUUUAUGGCCAGUACUGGUGUUCUAACGUUUUAUCCAGGCGAAAAGUCAAAGGUGUUUUAUCUGGAAGUGCGAGAUGACAUGGUACCAGAGGCUAAGGAGACAUUCCACAUUAAGUUGGUGGGUGUGACGUCGGGUGAUGGUAUCUCGGGUACAACCAACACCAGUGGUGCCAGCAUCAACCCUUUAGCAGCCUUCUCCAACUUUGCCGUAGAAGAAAAUGAUUACACCUACGGUUUGUUCCAGUUCUCCACUGAGUCAACUCCACCAUCUCCAGCUGGUGGAGUGAUACCACCUGCUACAAACAAACCAAUGGUAACUGUAUCGGAGGAGUCUGGCAUUGUGAGUUUAAUGGUUGUAAGGGCACAGGGUGCCAUGGGUCUGGUGUCGGUGGAGUGGAGAGCAACUGAUGGAACAGCCCUCAACAACAAGGACUACUCUGCAGGAGUUGGGCGUCUGACAUUUCAGGCCAGCCAAUUGUAUGACUUCAUCAACAUUGCCAUCGUGGACAACAAUCUCCCAGAGGACCAGAAGUAUUUCAGUGUUGACCUGCUGAACCCUACAGGUGGGGCAGCUAUAGGGGUGGCAUCCUCCAUCACCGUCACCAUCGACCACUCAGAUGGAGCCUUUGGUGUGUUUGAAUUUGAAACGUCUUCUCUUAAUGUAGAGACGGAGGAGGUUGGAGAUUCCGGAUUCAGCACAGUCAUAAUACAGAUUAUACGUAAGCAGGGCAGCUUGGGAGCAUCCAAUGUGACCUGGCAGAUUUUAGGUCAACCUGACAAUGAUGUCUUAGAAACCACAGGAAAUGUGACCUUUAACCAUGAUGUUACCAUGGCAACAUUUGAGGUGAAAAUCCGUGGGGACACCGUACCAGAACUAGACGAACUCUUCCAAAUACAGCUGUCAGCAGUUAGCAGGGGAGGUCUGGCUGGGCCAGAUUUGAUUACAGCUAAGCUGAUCAUCAAGGCCAAUGAUAAUCCCUAUGGAAUGUUUGUCGUUGCCGAUGACCAACGCCCUGUCAUUGUUACAGAAGCACUCAAAAAUAUAACCAUCACCAUAGAGAGGAAGCAAGGACAAUUUGGUGUUGUGGAUGUCGGCUAUAAAACAUUGACGCCACUGGAGUCGCCUCCCUUUAUUUCUAGCACAGUUGUUAGGGCAAGUGACAAGGACUUCCGUGCAGCCGAGGGAACAGUCAGGUUUGCUGCUGAUCAAUCAGAGGGAACCUUUGUGGUUCUGAUUCUGGAAGACGAGGAACCAGAAAGUGACGAGUCUGUCUUUGUGCAACUGACACAAGUCAGCAUUGUUACUGCUGCUCAAGCAAACCCAGUGCCCAACUCCCCCAUGCUUGGUAUCGCGGCUGAGAGAUAUGGUCAGAUAAUCAUAGACCACAACGACAACGCUCAUGGUAUCCUGGAGAUCACACCACUGUCAGUGAAUACAGAGGAGUCCAAACUAAACCCAGAUGUAAACGUCACUAGGAAGGGUGGAACCUUUGGGGAGGUAUCUGUUAAGUUCCGUGUGGUGAAUGGUACAGCUUUAGAACAUCUAGACUUUGAGAUGUUGUCGGACACUGUUGUUCUCCUGGAUGGAAUGAGAAGUAAGGCCCUGCCAAUUAUUAUUCGGGAGGAUCAGGUACCGGAGCAGAGGGAGACUUUCUAUGUGGAGAUUCUGGACCAGAUCACAGGAGAUGCAGUCCUUGGCACUAACACCUACAGUGUUGUGAAUAUCCUGCCCUCUGAUGAUCCCACAGGUGCAUUUGAAUUUGCUGUUAAUGAGAUAUCAGUAGAGGAACCAGAGAAUGGAAGCCCGUUUGUGGUCAAUAUCACAGUGAUCAGGACAGGGGGCAGCACGGGAGUGGUCAGUGUGGACUGGCAGGCCAGAUACAAAGAUCAGCCACCUGAUGCUGACAUGGUGCCCACAGCCGGAUCCAUACACUUUGUCAGUAAUGAGGCCAGCAGAAAUAUCAGAGUGUCUGUCCUACCUGAUGAUGUCCCUGAGGGACCUGAGGGUAUAGUGUUCACACUUGUAAAUGCUAACAAUGAUGGACGUAUUGGGGAUCGCAGUUCCUUAAUUUUCACGAUAGCGGCCAACGAUAACCCCCAUGGAUCAGUACAGUUUGCCACCGGUAACUACAGCGUGGAGGAGAGAGAGACGAGUAGUGUCCAGUACAUCAAACUGGCCAGGCUGGGUGGUACAUUCGGACUUCUGCGUGUUUACUACACCACAGAACAAAUAAAUGUUGUCGAGGAGGCCAUGCUAGAUGGGAGCUCCCUGCUGAUGUACUUUGACUCCCCACAAGAUGGGGGUCGGAUAACCCCCGGGGGUAACAUAGAAGUGGCGGACAAGAAUGACCCACUGAUGGAAUGUUUGUCCAGCUGCCUUAAGGUGGAUGCUUGUCUCGCAUUUGAGGUUAGGGUGGACGGCAACCAGAGUACCUGUGUGUGGUACAUCACCCGCGCCGACCAGCCGCUUAUAGCAAAGACAGGAGUCAAGUACUACAACAAAAACCAAGUCAAGAUGCAGGAACUGCUGAUGAUGAGGGCUACUCCCGGUCAAGACUUUGGAGUUGUGACCAAUGGUUAUGUCCUUAUCAAUGACCAAGUAAACGAAGGAGCGAUCCCAUUGACCAUUCUAGCAGACACCCUACCUGAACUUGGAGAAAAGUUCAGGGUCGUAUUGACUCGUGUAGAGGUCAUAUCGGCAGGAGGGUCGGCCAAGUAUCCCCCUUCUCUGGGGUCCCUAAACAAGGCAACUGUAAAGAUCCUGAAGAAUGACAAUGCCUAUGGAAUAUUUACAGUGUUCAGUGACAGUCCUGCUGGGUCAAACAGCGGUCACUAUCUUCCGGUAGAGGAGAAACCUCAGUAUGCUGUGGACCUCAUUGUAGAGAGACAGGGAGGAAAUGUUGGUGAUGUGACUGUGGAUUGGUUUAUCAACAUGACCGCUACCAAUGCCCAGUAUGGCGUGGAUUACAGGGCAGACGGGGCCACCCUACAGUUUGCUGCGGGACAGACUAGGAUAUUAAUUACUCUGACAGUACUUGAGGACACGGCACCAGAACUAAACGAGACAUUGACAGUCCAGCUCCGUAAUCCACAAGGUGGCGCCGAUGUCAGUGAUUCUAUCCCCAUCAACGUGACCCGGUCUGUCUCCAGCUACGGUAUUGUCCAUGUUGACUGGCACAUACAGGGUAAAGAUGGACUGGACCCAGGCAAGGGGUUCACCGUCCACCAAGGCACAUUUACAUACCAACAGGUAAACGUUUGA